UAACGCUUGCCCGUGCUCUUGCCAUUCAGGAGGAUCCCUCUCUGGAGAGACACUUUAAAGGCCACCGAGAUGCCGUCACUAGCGUGGAUUUCAGUCUCAAUAAGAAGCAACUGGCAAGUGGUUCUAUGGAUUCAUGCUUGAUGAUUUGGAGUAUGAGACCCCAGAUGAGAGCCUAUCGUUUUGUGGGUCACAAAGAUGCAGUGAUGUGUGUUCAAUUUUCACCUUCAGGCCAUCUGGUGGCCUCAGGCUCUAGAGACAAAACUGUCCGUUUGUGGGUUCCAAGUGUCAAAGGAGAAUCUACUGUGUUCAAGGCUCAUACGGCAACAGUAAGAAGUGUUCACUUUUCCAGUGAUGGACAGUCCUUGGUUACAGCCUCUGAUGACAAAACAGUCAAAGUAUGGACAGUUCACAGACAGAAAUUUCUUUUCUCCUUGAGCCAGCACAUAAACUGGGUUCGCUGUGCCAAAUUUUCUCCUGAUGGAAGACUAAUAGCUUCUGCCAGCGAUGAUAAAACUAUUAAACUAUGGGAUAAAACCAGCAGAGAAUGUAUACAUUCUUUUUGUGAGCAUGGUGGGUUUGUGAAUCAUGUGGAUUUUCAUCCCAGUGGUACAUGCAUUGCUGCAGCUAGUACAGAUAACACAGUGAAGGUGUGGGAUGUUAGGAUGAAUAGACUCCUCCAGCAUUAUCAGGUGCAUAGUGCUGUGGUAAACUGUCUUUCCUUCCACCCCUCUGGAAACUACCUCAUUACAGCCUCCAAUGAUUCAACCCUUAAAAUUCUGGAUUUACUAGAAGGAAGACUGCUGUAUACUCUUCAUGGUCAUCAGGGGCCAUCUACUUGUGUUGCCUUCUCAAGAACUGGGAACUUCUUUGCUUCUGGAGGGUCAGAUGAACAGGUGAUGGUAUGGAAAACUAACUUUGAUGCUGCUGACUAUGGAGAUGUAUUGAAAACUCAGAAGUAUGCCACUAAUGUAACAGGAUCUCUUCACAAUCCGACAUCAGAAAUGGAUUGUGGUGAUCCUCCUAAGAGAAACAAAAUGCAAGAAUCUGCCAGGAAUCAGCAAGAGGAGGAGACAAGUCUUGCAGACACCUUAGAGCAUAUUGUUGGGCAGUUAGAUGUUCUUACUCAGAAUGAAGAAGAAUCUGAAUGUAUCCUAUCACAAACACUAAUUCUCAUUCCAACUCAGUCUUCUACUCGUGAGGAACAGAUUGAACGUUAUUGAAAAGUGUGGAGGUUGGGGUGGAUCGCUCAGAAUAGUGCUAGUUUUAUAUAAAUGUGUUGAAUCUUGGACUGUUUCAUCUUUAGUAGAAACAGUGAGGUGAACCGAACCCUCCCUCCCCCCCAAAAAAUUUCAAAAUAACUCUAAUGCUAGUCAGUAAAAACACAACAGAGUGCUUUUAAAUCCUACCACUGAUCUGUUUCAAACAGUUCUGGUUAGCAUCUCAGAUUUUGUACACAAACCACUGGCCUCCAUUUUAUUGAUACAAUAUUUAUGUCCAUCACCAGUAGGAUUUAAAUUCAUUCCUUACCUUUCAUUAUGUAAUUCUGAUCCACAAUUCUCAUUGUUGUGUAAUGGGCUACAUUUCUACUCAACAGAUGUUUUAUAGGAGGAAAAACACUGCAGUAAACAGUAUAUAUGCAGGGUCUUAAAACAGAUAUAUGCAGUACAACCAUACCUUUUUCAGAGAUUCAGUACCUUUAGAAAUUCCAAAUGUUAUUUUAGACUUAGCAAAGAGAGAGAGAGAGGAGUGGAGGAGGAAUAAAUUAGAAUAUUAUAGGAUAAAGAUGGAAAUGAAGUCUGAAAAGAUGGCAAAAAUAGCAGCAUUUAGGGGAAAGCUUUUUCCUAGCUGUAUCUAAACCAGAAUAACACUAAAAUAAUUCAGUUAUUCAGUUUUAAUUUUUUAAUCCUUUAACAUUGUGUCCUUGGGUGCACCUAGUUUAGUUAUGAGAGGAUAAAUAUGUGCACACCUGUAUUAAGCAAUUCCACAAUGCUGUAAGCACUGUGGUGGUAUUGUACCCUUUGGAUUAUGAGACUUUGGCUGAGUUGGAGAGACAACAUGCAGCUAGGACUUCAGAAUGCUGCAGGGUGGGAGGACCAGUAGAAACCAUGCUUUUGUUAGUGUUAACGGAGCCAUGUGUAGAGAACAGGAGACUGGAGGGGGUCAGAAGGGACUGAAUUUGUGCUUCUUUGGCAUGCCUGGCUCCACAGGAUUGUGAACCAUUGUCCUUGCAGCUCUGGAGGGCAUAACUAGCCAUGUUGUGAGGUUAAAUUUACUGAGGCUUGGGUCCUAGAUCAUCACUAGCCUUCUGUAUCUGUGCCAGGGUGUAAUGUGUCACCUCUCUCAUACAAGCUACAUGGGGAAGGAGGCUCUGCCAAGCCACUGCUGCUGCUUUCACACUGGUGGCUGGGGACUGGAGGAGGCUGGGUGGCCAGGUGGAGACUAAUGAUAAAUACAGUCCUGAGACAAUGCCCUCUCCCCCGUUCAAGAAGAAACUGAGAACCAGACUGUGACUGAGUGAGUUUUCUUCCUGAGCUGCUCCAUCUGUGUGCUGCCCAUUGGCCAGUGAAGUGCUUGUUUACCCCUUAACUGGUGUUGCAUGUUUGAAUUCAGAUUCUAGAAAUAAGAGUGACUCUCUCUAAAACACAUACAUGAAAUGCAGACACAAGUAGUUCUUAGUCUGGUGUUUCCAUAAAAGAAAGGUGUACAAAAGGUCUAUUUGGAAAAAGAACAGGAGUGUAUUAGCUUUCUCUUACUGGUAUCUUUUCAAUGACCCAUUUAAUUAAUAUUCCUCAAUAGCACCAAUUAGGAAAGCUGUACUUGUAAACAGAAUCAUACCGUUAAAAAAACGAGUCAGAUUUCCACGUGCUGUAUAUUUGUACUUCUGUCUUACUGUUCCCAGGCAUUUUAAUUGCUUAGCAUUGAGGAAUGUUAGUACAUUUCUAAUGUAUUAUCUUGAGGAGGUUGAAAUAAAACUGUGAUCAUGAUGUUCUUUUGUUCUCAUUGAAGUUACUCAGCUCUAACCUUUUAAUUAGCAUAAUGUGGAGAACACAUUGUGGUUGUGAUAAACUUCUUUGGGAAAUUAUGCAAACUUCACACUGAUCUAUUAAUUUCCUAGUGUCUCUUUUUACUUAACCCAUCGCUUAAGUGGUUUAGAAUGUUAAACCCUAAAUAGUACUUUUAAGGAAGGAGAAAAGAUGAUUUUUCGCAACUUUGCAAUGCUGAGAGAUCAUUAGUACCAGGGAAUCUGUGUGCUGAAAGUUGAGAACUGUACUGCUGCCAAUGCACAGUUCUUUGUUCCACGUUGCAAAUUUGUGAAGUUAGAUUCUUUGCUCGCCACUUGUCAGUAUCUUCCUGACACUGAGUGCAGCUGUAAAGUGGAGUGCUGUCUGCUUAUGAGACAGCAGGACUGUUUUGAUUCCACUGAGAGGCCUAUUUCUGCCAGAUGCCAGGUGGAAGUAGAGGUGAUGAAGCUGUAGAGGCGCUAUGGCAUGUCCAGCUGGACAUACUGAUGCUUCUUCAGUGAAGCAAGUCAGCUCACUAUAGAAAGCUGUAUCAGAAGGGACUAGUAGCUAUGACACACUGGGUAAAUUUGAUGUAGGUAUUGUCAUGAUGACAGUUGGUGUUAUGCCUGGUAGCAGCAUGUCUUACUCUUGGUUUGUGCAAAUGGUUUUCACCAGUGUUAUAUUUUUCUACUUGAGAGUAAAAGUUACUCAUUUUCCUUUGUUUACUUUGUAAAUUCAGGGGUCUUAAUGUGACAUGUAAACCAUAUUAACUAGAAAUCACUUUUCAUUUUGAUUUACUUUGCAAAUAUUUUAUUUUGCAAACACCUUAAAUCUGAACAUUAGCAUAGAUUUGACUUGCAAAGAUAAUAAGUUAAAAGCUCAAAGUUUCAUUUUCUUGAGGAGCAGCAUGAAAUUCAUCUCUGUGCUAGUCUAAGAAAUGGGCUAACUGUAAGGAAGCAGCAGUUCAUUCAAUGAGUAUGUAGAUGCUGCAUUUCAUAGAAUCAUAGAACACUAGAACUGGAAGGGACCUCGAGAGGUCA